UAACUAUAGGUUACAAGCCCAUUCGCAAGCAGUUCUGACAAUUAGUAAUUCUCCGUCCAUCAUCGAAACAGUAUGAAGUUACUGCAGAACACUUUAUUUAAAAGGAAUCCUUUUAUGAGGUCUAUCGUGGCUAGCAAAGCAUAUUAUGGAUCCAGCGAUGUGAGAUCAUGGAAGGAUAUCCCUGGUCCAACCUCGGUGCCGGUCCUUGGGCAACUAUACCACUUUUUACCAGGAGGAUCACUAUACGAAUUGAUGGGAUACCCUCUGCAGAAGGAAUUGUACAACAGAUAUGGGAACAUAGUUAGAGUAGACAGUAUGCUUGGAAGACCCUCAAUGGUUCACCUCUACGACGCCGAAGCUGCAGCGCAGAUUUUGAGAGGUGAGAACUCGAUUCCGAUUCGUCAUCCGGUACGUUCAGUUGAAUAUUAUAGGCGUGUGUACCGGAAAGAGAAAAAUAUGAAAAUACAUAAGUUUUCUGGUUUGUUUAAUGACCAAGGUGAAGUAUGGAAAGAGUUCCGGUCAGCUACAGACCCAAUUCUAAUGCAUCCAAAAUCUGUACAGUCUUUCCAACCUAUUGUGGAUGAUGUUGCACAGGAUAUGAUUAAGAGAUUAAGACAUUUUCGUGAUGACAAUAACAUGAUCCGAAAAAAAAUCACUAAUGAAAUUAACCUAUGGUCCAUGGAGUCGAUAGCAGCAAUAGCUCUAGGAGACCGUAUCAACUGUUUGGACCCAAACUUGCCCGAAGAUUCACCAGUCAAUAAACUUAUAGAGAACAUUGCAGGAUUCUUUGAAGUCAGCUACUUAUUGGAUUUUCAGUUGAAUUUGUGGCCUUAUAAUCAGAAAAAAGUUUUGAAAAGAGCGAUGCAAAUCUACGAGAAUAUUGACGAAUUAUGUCAGUAUUUUAUAAAUAAGGCGAUGUUAAAAUUACAACGUAAUGAAUUGCGGUACAGUAGUGCUUUAGAGAAAUUAAUCGAAUAUGAUGAAACGACAGCACUAAUAAUGGUAGCAGACAUGUUAUUUGGUGGCGCGGAUACAAGCUCAAAUGCAUUACUAUUCAUUCUGUAUCUACUAGCUAAAAAUCCUGACAAGCAACAAAAGCUGCGUGUUGAAGUAAUUUCGAAUUCAGGCUCAAAGGUAUACAUGAGGGCAUGUAUUAAAGAAGCUAUGAGAAUAUUGCCUGCAGCCCCAGAAAACUCGCGAGUGACAACAAGAGAGUACGAUGUACUUGGAUAUAGGAUACCUAAAGACAUGACGAUAAUGCUUGGACAUCAACUAAUGUGUACUAUGGAGAAUUACUAUCCAAAGGCAAAUCAAUACAUACCAGAGCGUUGGAUUGUUAAUAAAGAUAAUCCCUUAUACCAAGAUCGUGCGAAUUCCUUCGCAUACAGUCCCUUCGGUUUUGGAGUGAGAAUGUGCAUAGGGCGUCGCAUAGUAGAGGCUGAAAUAGAAGCAUUAUUGACACGUUUGAUGGAAAACUUCCAUAUAGGAUGGGAUGGGCCAUCUCCUAAUAUAAAACACACUUUCGUCAACGCAAUGGUCGAACCAUUGUAUUUUACCUUUAAAGACGUUUAGAUAUUGCUUUUGAUAAUAUAUUAUUGAUUAUA